UGCAUUUAGGAUUUUGUGACAAAUUUAUUACUUUUCAUAGUUUUAUGUUUCGUGGUUCCGAUAAAGACGUCGAACUGCCAGAUUUUCCUCCAGUCGUCAUGCUUCGACCUAAAGUAUUAUCAGAUGUACUUGGACAAGCAAAUACAGGAGGGGUUCUUAACACACUGUUAUUGAACAAUGAUGGUUCAAUAUUAUCCCAUGCUGGUAGUGGUGAUAAGGAGGCUAAGGUAACAGCAGCUAUAGCAUCAAGUAUAUGGUCAGCAUACGAGAAAAAUGGCAAAAUGGCCUUCCAUAAUGAAGACUUACAAAUGAUAUUCAUGGACUGUGAGGAUGGUAAAGUUGCUAUUGCAAGAGUUGGUAAUCUAUUAUUGUGUUUAUAUGCAAAAGAAAGUGUAGGAUUUGGUAUACUAAAAGCAAAGGUACAAGMUUUGCGUAGUUAUCUGGAUGAGCCAUUGAGACAAGUUGUCACAUCAUGAUAGCCAAGAUUUAGAUUACGUUUUGAAGUAUUAAAUAAUUGUUAAUCAUCAUGGACUGUAAAUUGUAUUAGAUAUUAUAUUGUCUUCUGGUUAAUUCAACCAAAAUGAUUAUCCAGUUAUAGACAAAAAUCGAGAAUAUAUCAAUUCAAUACUUAAAAAUAUGUAACACAGAUGCUAUCUAAAAAGUAUGUCAAAUGUACUAGAURUGCUCCAUGUUUUUUAUCAAGUGUGUAGACAUUGUGUGGGAAAUAAAAUUUAUUUUGUAGUA